AUGCGCUCCAUUUUCUACGUCCUGCUGCUGUUCGCAGUUACCGCUAGGGUCGUUGAGUGCGGCGGCGCAUGCGGCACGAAGGAAUGUAGUUGGUACGAGGGCUGCUGCCACCCCACGAAGACCUGCAUGGCUAUUUAUAACGUUCCCGCGGUGAUUGUGUGCACUGGUCAAACGAUGUCAAGCCCAGACGGCGCUCCU